CGACAACCAAAGACGAUCUGAUAGUUUUGUUAAGUAGAAAAUGAUUUACUUAUCGUUUAUAAAUGGAGAAUUUGAACUAAUAUGUAGCGAGGGGCGAAAGCGAGGCUUACUCAUUUUUGCAUGUAUGAUCACUACGUAGCUUAGAAUCCACCCUAGACUCAAGAGCAUUCAUACUGCAUGGGCAUUGCAAAUGUGUACUUGGCAUUUUGACUUGGAAUUGCAUUAAGGGAUGGGAUAAGGUGACAUUCCUCAGGGGUUGUGAGUUUGACAAUUAAGGGCAAUUUGGGUAGUGCAAAGAGAAUUUUAUUAAUUAUUUUCUUUUUUAUAUUAAUUACAUUUUGGGAAAUUAAAACACAUUAAAUACAUUACUUUAAUUUAAAAUUUAAAUCCUAUCACAAAUAUAUUUCUCUCUCUUCCUAUCUCUCUCUUCCUUUUCCAGAAGCCACUGACUCAGACCGGUUGAUUUUUUCCGACCGACAGACCUUCUCCGGCGGUGAAAUCAUUUAAUCACACUCGCUCCGGGAACCUACAAAAUAGUACAACUCCGUCAAUGCGCUAUUGGUAAUGAUUUUUGUCUAGUGGUACGUAAAAACUACCAAAGGUAUCGUACCAGUGAAUACUGGUACGCUACCACUAGUCAUUGGUACGUACCAGUAGCGCCUACCAGAUGGUAGUGGUACCAAACGAUAGUGGUACGCUACCACUAAGAUCUGGGCACUACCAUUUGGUAGUAUCACUAGCAACUACCAGAUGCCAGUGGUACGCUACCAGAGGAAAGGGGGAGUUUGUGACAUCGCAUAGGGACCUCGUGGCAGUGGUGGUGGGAGGCAGAGGUCGCGGCUCCACCGUCGGAGGGAUGGCGAUGCAGCGGUGGUGGGAGGGAGGCGAGAGGGCUACGACUGUGGUGGGAGGCGGAGGGCACGACGAGGUGGUGGGAGGGCUGCGGCGCGGGGCUGUGGCGAUGCGGUGGUGGGAGGCGGAGGGCACAACGGGUCGGCGGGAGGAAGAAGAAGACGAAGAAGAAGAGAGAAUGGUUGGUGAUGGCGGUAUAUAGAAGAGGGGAAAUAGAGUUAAUUAGGGUUUUGGGUAAUUAAUAGGGGUAAUGAUCUGAUGUGGUAAAUUUUUUCUUCCAAAAAUAUCUUUAAUCCAAUCUGUACCAUUAAUUUGAAAAUAAGAAGAAAGAGAAUGAAAUAGAAGGUUAAGAUGUGGGUAGCGAAAUUCACAACCCUCUUGAGGGAUGUCACCGUAUCCCAUCCCUUGCAUUAGGGGCGAGCAAAUUACAACAUUGCUAACGGUAAGAUUUUAAAUGUUUAAUUGUUGAUCUUAAUGUUUGAAUUAAAGUGUGAUGAAUGU